AUGUCACCCUGCUGGCAGACAGGGACCAGGGAUGGGGAUGGGCAGAUGGAUGGGAAUGGGCAGAUGGAUGGGGAUGGGCAGAUGGAUGGGGAUGGGCAGAUGGAUGGGGAUGGGCAGAUGGAUGGGGAUGGGCAGAUGGAUGGGGAUGGGCAGAUGGAGGGAGUGGGGAGAUGGAGGGGCCCUGCAGUUAGAACACGGAGAGAUUGGGACGAGGCAGGCAGGGUGGGUGGUGGGAAGAAUGAGGGGAAAGUGAGGGACUCUGGAGGGGAUUGA